UAAAAGCCGAGUGCUCCUGUUUUGUAGCAAGUGUGGCAUAAGUGAAAGGGAUCUUGAGGUGAACGCCAGUUCGAACGAUCGUCUAAGCUUUAUACUAAUACAUAAACAUCAUGGGAACGAGUGAGAGCAAGAUGGCUGCAUCCGCAGCAAUGAAACCAGAGCCAGCCAUCAAGAAAACUCAUAUCUGUCAUCUGAUAGAUCCGCGCUCUCCCACCGUCGGCAUUGACAGAACACCCAUUCAGUGUGAUGGACCUGAGUCCAAAACGUCUGCUGAGGUGAAGAGCGAGACUCUCCAGGCCUUCACUGAUCCCCGCUCGCCUACCAUUGGCAUCACCCGCACCCCUGUUAGAGACGUCAUGAGAGCGACUGUCGGGUCUUUUGCUCGCCGCCUUGGCAUGCUGUUUCACCAGGAGGCUGAGGGCAAAACCACAGGAGCCCAGAAAACCCUCAGUGAUGCUGUGGAGGAGGACGCCGGGAGCGAAGAGCUGGCUUCCACCGCGCCCCUUCUUGGUUCUCAGCUGCCCCACAAUUUUGGGUCGCUAGCCGAACAUGCCAACCUCCUGGGUACCCCUGUUGUAACCCCUGUGAAGAGCAUGAGAAGCUCCAGCCCCUUCGUGCUUCUUGAGGAGCCUCAGGUGGAGGUGGAGAUAGAAACUGAGGCAGAUGUUAGCCUGGAGGAGGCAGAAGAAGCAAGAGAGACUCCUGUUCACAAGAGACUCAGCAUGAGUCUGAUAACGUGCCAUGAAGGAGUAACCUCAUCUCAAGUCUAUGCUGAGGUGCACCAUGAGAGGGCCUCAGUCGGAGAAUCCCUCCAGGAUAGUGUAGACCACUCCUAUGCCCUUCCCACUAUCACAGUUGAACCAAAGUCCUCUGAGCCUUCUCAUACUGCUGAUGUGGAGAGUCCCCCUGUUGAAGAAUCCCCUGUACAACUACAGGAAUCUCCCAUUCUGCCAACAUCAGAGGAAUCUUCCACAUCCGAGGCACCGACUGUUCCCAGCCCGGAGCAGCCACAGGUCUGCACUGGCAUCCGCUGUCCCACCCUUGACAUAAAGAGCCCCAGUCAGGUGGAGUUCAAGCCCCAGUGGUUGGGAAAAGGCUUCGGUGCCACUGGGCUGAGAUCCAGAGGUGUGCAGGGACACAGUGGGAAAGGAGGCUCGUCGCCUCUCGCUGUCCGUGUGGCGGUUAAAAACGUAAAUAAUGAAAACAAGGGACAGUCUGGAAAGCUUAAGCAGAAAGGUACUGAGGGCCGCUCCCCACUGCAGAUCCUUAAGGAGACUAACUCACCCCGGGACAAACGUUCUCAGAUGAAGUCAAAGGUUUCCACCCAAGAAAAACAGAGGAUUGGACAAAUGGACCGCAGAGUGCUGGCCAUCUCUUUGGACAAAGAGAACAGAUGAUGCUCUUCAGUAAUAUGUACAGUCUGUUCUGAUUUAUAUUUCUUAAAAUGCUUUUAUGUGUAAUUUUCAUCAAUACAUUUUUGUGUUGUGUGUUUGUAUACUUCUUUUAACUGCCACAUACUACAGUUUUCUCCUGUUUGACUUCUCUGUAAAUUCAAAAAUGUGCAUACACCCUUCAGCUUUUAAUCAACUAAUCUUUUUUUUUUUCCUUUUUGGUUUCGUAAAAGUUUUACCUAAAUCUGUAAAUUGUAAACAUUCUAAAUUUUAAGUAUUUGCACUAAUGGAAUAAAUGAUC